AUGGCGAGUUGUACUGGUGGCGGUUACAGCAGCAGGAAGCCUGUGAGGAUUGUGAUUAUCAGCACACAGUAUGUGGAAACUGAUGCGACGAGUUUUAAGUCGGUGGUGCAGAAACUUACUGGUAGGGAUUCUGAUUCUGAUUCUGAUUCUGAUGAUCAUCAAGUUCAUGUGGGUCAUGCUGCUAUGGAAGCUCGAAAAGCUAAGAGGAAAUGGGAUGAUAGUCAAAGUGGACACAACAGAAGCUCCUUUUUGAUAAGAGAUUCUUCGUUCAAGGAGUUUGACAGGUUGCUUGGAGAGAUGCAACAACUAAUUACCGAUGACGUACAUUUGGUGAUAUGA